AUGGCAUCAGCAGCUGCUGUUUCUCAAACUACAGCAUGUCUCUCAAAAGUGCAAGUAGGAAAUAAAGAUGAAUCAAUUGAUGACUCAUUUCGUAUAUUUUUUUACUGGUUACAAAAUAAAAUAUGUGAACAUGCAUUAGUUGAUGGUUUUUCUUACCCUUCUGAAUAUUGGAAAGCGCGUGUAGAAUAUAUUUUAUCAUUAACUAAAGAAACUACACUUGAUGUUACGACUAUUAAAAGUAUUAUUUCUUCCUUGGAAUAUUUAUAUAAUGAAAAAGAUUAUACAUUUCUAAAUAAGGAACAAUGUCUAUAUGCUGUGAUUCAUUAUAAUAAAGAAUUUGAUAUUUUAUCAAAUAAUAAAUUAGAUGACUCACAACUAGGUGAAGAACAGAUACUAUUAAUUAGUAAAAUUAAAACUAUACAUGUAUAUAUUAUGAAAUCUGGACGGAAAUUAUCGCAAGCAUUGAUUGAUAAAACAUUUAAUCAUAUCGAUGAUGAUGGUGAAAUAUUGAAGAAAUACUUAAAUAUGAAAAGUGCUGACUAUAAUUAUAAAAAUGUAAUUGAAUUUCUAUAUCAUCAACAACAAACUGAUAAUAAAUUUAAAUAUUUAAAACAAUUACCAGAGUUGUCGCUUGCAUAUUAUUGUUUACCUUAUGUUGAUCUAAUUUCUGGAAAGUUUGAUUUGAAAUUAAAUCAACAACAACAAUCUGGUUUAACGACGUCAUCUUCCACCACUAUAAUUACAACAUCAACAAAUAAUAUUACUAACAAUACUAACAAUGCUAGUCCAGUACAACAACGUCAACCAAGAACACCACGACAAAGCUCUCCACAUCAACGUAAACGAUCAUUAACUCCUACACCAGUAACACCUUCUCGUAUUUCGACGAGUUUACAAAUGUUACCACCAAAGCCAAAUCGUCAAACUAAUACAUCUAAUAAUAAUAAUAAUAAUAAAAAUAAUCAUGAUGGGACUGUUACUAUAGACGACGAUAAUGAUCAGCAUACACAACAUGUCUGUGGUAUGAGUGAUAACGAGACCAUCGAUAGGAGUAAUAAUACUGAUGAUGACGACCAAGAUCUUGAACAACGAUUGCAUCAAUUUAGGAAUGAUUUUGUUUUUAUUCCACAAAUAACAACAACUACUUCUAAUAACAUUACCUUGCUUCAACGUCAACCGUUAAAUAAUAUUACUAAUAAUAUUAUUAUUAAAUCUGACAAAACAACAAUGACGGAAUCACUGGUUUCAACUGAUCAAUUCAUUGAUCUACCAAGAAAUAUCAAAGAACCGUCAUCUAAAGAAGAAUAUAUAUUGUUUAGAAUGUCAACAAUUAAUGACAAUAAUAACGCUAAACAAUAUAAUAAUAAAAUAUAUGUGGACUCAUGCCAACAAACACAUAAAUCGUUUGUAGGAUCUACAACAAUCAAAGAGGAUUUAUCACCACAUAUUAUAUAUAAAAAUGAACUAAAUCGUCUCAAACGAUACGAAAAUCAUUUAGAAAUUCUAAAUGUACAUUUAGAACAACAAACAUUUCCAUCCUCACUUGGUGCAAUGCCACGCCCAACAAUCGGAGCUGAUUGUAAAGAUUUUGUGAAAGAAUGGAAUGAGAUUGAAAAUGAUUGUCGUCGACGAUUAUUAAAUAAAACAAUCCAACAUGUUGAAGAUAUUAUUAAUGAUUGUAAUACAAAGAUUCAGUCUGUUUUUGAUUCUGUUGAUAAUAAUAAACGAUUAGAGAUUGAGGUGCUAGUAGAUGAAAAAUUAAAACCAGUGUUGAAAAGUCAUGGUGUAAAUUAA